CCGUUUCCUCUUACUUCCCCCAAAACCCAAACCCAAAAAGAAAAAACCCUUCUCUUUUGUUCCCGCUUUGUCUCUCUCUCUCUAUAUACCUGUCUCUAUCUUCACUGCUAUCUAUGCGCACACAGAUAAAUAGAUAGAUAUAAACAGUAGAAGCAAAGGAUUAUUAGGGUUUAUUGUUUUACUGUUUGGGGUUUAUCUUUAUCACUCUGUUGUGUGAAUACUAACAACAGUAGUUGAAGCGGUGACUGUGAAAUGCGCCAAAAGGAUGCAGAAAUUGUUAAGCAGAAACCCAUCAUUACAAUUACCCCCUCCAAUCCUAUCCCUUAACGUUCUUUCUUACCCCAUAACCAUAGGGUUUUACAAAAACCCACUUUCUGCUAACCCAAAACUCAGCCCUAAAACAAUGGCUUCUUCUUCUUCUUCAGCCGCCCUCCACCAUUUCACUAAUCCAUUUUCCGGAGGUUUUCGGAAUAUUUCUACUGAUUCUAAGUCGGUUGUUCCUAGGGUUAAUAGUUGCCGCAUGUGUAGGUGUUCUCUUGAUACUACUGCGCCGGUGAGGGCUUGGGUUGUGCUGAAGCAGAGUAGGACUAGUGCCGCCUGGUUCGGCAUCCUGGCUGCUUCGGCUUCGGACAAGGGUGUUCCGGUGACUUCCGGUGAAGAGGAGAAGGAUUUAGAAAAUGGGGUUGUUGAGGAGAAUGUUGUUAAUGGUUCUUCAGAGGAAGAGGAGAAGACGGGGGUGGGUAGGUUGGCGAGGCGGCAGAGGGCGGGUGUUGGGGGAGGAGGAGGGGGAGGUGGAGGAGGGGUUCUUGCUAGUCCAGAUUUGCUAACAAUACCGGGUGUUGGGCCAAGGAAUUUGAGGAAGUUGGUGCAGAAGGGUUUUAUGGGUGUUGAUCAGCUCAAGCAGCUCUACAGAGAUAAGUUCUUUGGAAAAUCCAAUGAGAAGAUGGUUGAGUUCUUGCAAAGCUCAGUCGGAAUCAUUCACAGAAACCAUGCUGAGAGUAUCACCACAUUUAUCAAAAAGAGCGUGGAUGAAGAGUUGAAGGAGAAGAACCCAGAUUCUGAUGUGAAGUCAGCACAAAAGAAACGACUUACUUUCUGUGUUGAGGGAAACAUUAGUGUUGGAAAAACAACCUUUCUGCAGAGAAUAGCUAAUGAGACACUUGAAUUACAAGAUCUUGUUGAAAUAGUUCCUGAGCCUAUUGACAAGUGGCAGGAUAUUGGACCAGAUCACUUUAACAUAUUAGAUGCAUUCUAUGCGGAGCCACAACGAUAUGCUUACACAUUUCAGAACUAUGUUUUUGUUACAAGAGUUAUGCAGGAGAGAGAAUCAUCUGGUGGUAUCAGGCCCCUCAGGUUGAUGGAGAGAAGUGUGUUCAGUGACAGGAUGGUCUUUGUAAGAGCUGUUCAUGAAGCAAACUGGAUGAAUGAGAUGGAGAUCAGCAUUUAUGACUCAUGGUUUGACCCAGUUGUUUCAACUUUGCCUGGACUGAUUCCUGAUGGAUUUAUUUACCUUAGAGCAAGCCCUGAUACAUGUCACAAGAGAAUGAUGUUGCGUAAGAGAGAAGAGGAAGGUGGAGUUUCCUUGGAAUAUCUACGAGACUUGCAUGAAAAGCAUGAAAGCUGGCUUUUCCCAUUUGAAAGCGGAAAUCAUGGGGUAUUGUCUGUUAGUCAGCUACCCCUAAACUUUGAUAAAUCUGUUCCCCCAGAAAUAAGGGACCGUGUUUUUUAUCUAGAGGGCAAUCACAUGCACCCAAGUAUUCAAAAGGUUCCUGCUUUGGUUCUUGACUGCGAGCCUAACAUUGACUUUAACAGAGAUGUUGAUGCAAAGAGGGAGUAUGUGAACUUUCCUUUAUUUUCUGUAAAUGUUUAUAAAAUAUCUCUUUCACUUAACAGUAUACUCACUAAGAGGAUAUCAUCUUUUUUUGUUAUGAAAAUAUAGAAAAAAGGACACCGUCUUUCCCUGCAGUUUAAUUUAGCAUGUCUAUUGAGGCAAACAGUUUCUUUUUUAGCAGUUGCCAACUGCUGUUUAUGUAACUCAUGUUAGUGCUGACCAUUUUAUCGUUCUUCACACCUUAGUUGCUGUUCAAUAUUAACAUAAUGUGUUCAAGUGUUACCUAGAUCACCGAGCUGCGGAUUUAAUGUUGGUUGUUGGAUCCAGCAAAUAUCAGAAACAGUUUAAUCCCUGUUUAAUCUUUUAAUAAGCCAUACAUGUCAAGUACUCUUAAGAUGUUUCUGUAGGGUGGAUGAUGGGUAUAUCAAUGAUUGACAACAGCAGCAACUUGUAGGGUUAUUGCGCAACAGGGGACUUGACGUGGAUUAAAAAUAGGCAGGACAGUUGUGAGGAAUGCAGACAGUGCAAGAGGGCUGGUUUCUCUUUCC